CAACACUAACUAUUCAGCAAUGAAACGUACUCUGGAAAAACUAGUCACUAUUUUAGUGCCCAUCGCCGCCCAUGCUUGCUCGCUAAGCAUAGUUGACCACUUUGGCCAACCCGGAAUAACAUCGGAUCCCAUGUUCCCGAACACUGCCUCGCUUAUGUUUGUAGCCGCAACCAGUAUCAUCGUAGCAAAUUGGUUGGAGAAAAACUCGGUUCACCUCCUGGGGACGAAUGCAACAAAGGCUUGCUUCAUCACUACGCUUGGGAUCGUCUCGAAUGUAGCGAGUUGUGAGCUAUCGUUACGGUUGCUGUGGAUUCCAGUUCAGUAUUUUCUAGGCUAUUUGAGAGAUGAAAAAAUAUUGGCCGUGAUCGUACGCACACUAUCCUGCUACUUACAAGCAUUCGAAAGAACCCGGAAGUUGCUGUCGAGUUGGAUGCAAGCGUCCAAAGAGGAACCAGUUUAUAAAUUCACUCGAAACCUUAUCGCUGCUCUCUACCUGGUGAGUGUGCUGUCCAAAUUCAAUUACCUUCCGAGGCUCCGAACAUUGCGACGAGACAAAAGGCCCGUAUGUGUUGUUGGAGACGAGAAUACUCACCUGAAAUAGACUAUCUAAUCUUCCGGCUAUCACUUCGCAUGAUUUGUUAUACUUAGUCUGCAUAAAAAUUAAAAAUAUGUAACACAACGUGUUAAAAGCGCAGUCCUAUCCAUUGAUACGAAUUUGAAAUUUCAAAUGCCGACUGUUAGUUGAAUCAAGAUUCAAAUUCAAAGC